AUGACUAUGACAAGGCCCUCAACAUCGAUGAACACACUGCCAGCCCAAACACUAUUUUACCAUAUAUCCAGGCAUUGGGAUGCGGCCGACAAGAUCCACGGCCGGUUUCUUAGAAUUCCAUAUGAAAAGAAGAACUGUGCUGAGAGAUCGGGGCCGACUGUCGAGCUGAAUGCUGCCACUGAUAGUAUCAAAAAGUUUUGUAAGAAGUAUCGAGACAAGAGAGUUGACGACAAGGGAUUUCGCGAGUCGCCAGACAUGGGGGCCGGAAUCGUCUUUUCGCUGUCGUCCAGACUAAACCAUAUUUGUCCAGAAAAGUUUUCAAAUACGCUCCGGGUAUCGGACUGCGAAUGGCUUUUGAAAGCGUGUCUAGAGAUGUGUGUAAAGACAGCGUCUAAGAGGCACGGGGGUAUCAUCAAGGAUGGCUGUUUUGUUUGGAGCGCCGUUGCGAAGGAAUACGAGGGUGACCUUCAGUGUCAAAAAGAAACAGGCGCUGAUAAGGAUAUAGGGGUGGACGAAGAAAAGGUUAUAGAGAGCGCCAAGGACUUCUGCGCGAAACACGCCGCAAAGCGGGUGAAGCCAGAGAAGGGCUUUAAUGAAAUGUAUUUUUAUGAUACUCGAAAUUCAGCAGCUGAGUUCUCCAUUAGCUAUAAUAACUCUGCAGAGUGUUCACCCAGCAAGGUGCCCGAGUAUGAUCUCGACCAAGCGGCAUGCGAGCGCUUUUUUACGCGCGCAAUCAAAGGAUGUGAUACUAACACCAGGGUCGCUAAGUAUGGAGGUGAUGUAGGCGAUCAUUGUGGCGUCUUUCGCAUCAAAACGAGGAAUGUUGAGCGCUUUAAGUGCAUAAAUAAUCCCCGUCCGGAUCCUACAAGCAUGCCCAGCGAGCUUGCCCUAGCUGCUACCAAAGACUAUUGCGGGAGGAAGCUAGAAUUGGAUCCUGACUAUAAGUAUGAUAAUGAAUUCCAUCAGACGACGCCUAAGGGAAGCGGGGAGGGUGCUUUUGUCCAGGGCGACACUGUGGUGAGAAUGAAAGCGCAGUUUCUCGGGAGCGCUGGUGACAGGGACUGUCCCAAGCAAAAGAAGUUCACCAUGAAGCCAGACGAGUGUGAGAGAAAGCUGAGAGUAAUUAUCGACGGGUGUCAGGAGAAGGGCGGCGCGCUGAUCGAUAAGACGUCCCAUGGCUGCGUCUGGUGGGAAAUUUUUGGGCAAAAGGCCAGAAAAUGA